CCUGCUGGUUCUUCCUGUAAAAUCAGCUACAUGGUCCCAGGGGACAGUGGAGUUUACUGGUGUGAGUCCAGAGAGGGAGCAACCAGUAACAGCAUCACCAUCACUGUCACUGGUGGACCAGUGAUCCUGCAGAGUCCUGUCCUCCCUGUGAUGGAGGGAGAAGACCUCACUCUGACCUGUAGAACAAAGAGGUCCUCCAACCUCCCAGCUGGUUUCUAUAAAGAUGGCUCCUUCAUCAGGACUGAGCCUGCAGGUCACAUGACCAUCCACCAUGUUUCCAGGUCUGAUGAAGGCCUCUACAGUGCAACAUCAGCAGUGUUGGAGAGUCUCCACCCAGCUGGGUCUCUGUCACAGAGAAACCUACGACUACAAGCCCUCCUUUGAGCUCCACAACCCUCUGCAUACACACCCCCUGAUACAACCUCAGCUCCGCCCC